AAGAUGCACCACACGUUCUGGUGACAUCCACGGCCACGAUGAGGUGAAACGGUUGUUUUCGUUCCGAUGGUUGUGAUUAGCUGCCGGUGAAUUGAGGGCUGUCACACUGGGAUUAAAGCAGAUUAAAGCGGUAUCCCUGGUCCCGUAUCAUCUGGAAUUACUGCCGGACUCAGGGUUUCAUCCCCCGCUUCGGUUUCGGUGAGUUUAUCGCCAUGUUAUCAUCGGUACCCACCAGGCUAAUUGCGCGAAGGUCGCGCAGCCUGUCACCGUGUAAGCGGGUUCUCCAGACCAGUGCGAGCGGAUCCGUAUGCCAGAGCAUCCGCGAACCACCGGCGGAGAGCAACCGCAACCCCAUCGUGUCCACCUCCCGGGUCUCCAGAAGGGGGAUUUUGGCCGAGGACACCGCUGUUACCAGUGUGAACCCGUUGGUGCAGUACCACCACCUCGCCCCUAGAUGGCUGUCCAACCUGGAGAACCGCCGGAGCUCCUGGGCGGCUCUGGCCAGCAGAGGGCGCAACAACAACCAGUACUGGGAGGAGAGCGGGCAGAGCGGCGGAGGUGAGGGCCAGGGGGCAGGCGGGGGAUCCAGCCGGGCAGGAGUGGCGUCUGCCGGUGUGCUGUCUGCUGCAGCCGUGGCCUUCUGUCUGAAGAAAGAUUCCGAUAACAAAGGUGAUGCUCUUCUGGAGGCAGCGAGGACCAAUAACUCCCAAGAUGUGACCAGACUGCUAAAAGAGGGGGUCGACCCAAAUCACCGGCACCGUCUAGGUUGGACUGCUCUCAUGGUGGCUGCCAUGAACCGACAGCACAGUGUGGUGAAGGUUCUGCUCGAUGCUGGUGCCGACCCAAACGCCGGCGAUCACUUCAACAACGUUUACGACACCUCGCGGGAGAGAGGCAUCCACUCCCUGGAAGUCCUCGUGUCCAGAGAGGAUGAAUUCAGCAGCAGGCUCAGCAGCAGGGCCGGCUUCCGUGGCUGCACAGCGCUUCACUACGCCACGCUGGCUGAUGACCCACGCACCGUCCGCAUGCUGCUGGAGGCUGGUGCCAACCCCCUGCAGACCAAUGGUUUGGGACACACAGCACGGGCCUAUGCUAAGGAGGGAGACGUGAGCACGGUGCUGACAGAGUGGGAGGGCAAGUUCCAGGAGUUACAGGCUCGGCGGGAGGCAGAGGAGAGGAGGAGGUUCCCUCUGGAGAGGAGGCUGAAGGAGCAUAUCGUCGGACAGGAGGGGGCCAUCAAUACUGUGGCCUCAGCCAUCAGGAGGAAGGAGAACGGUUGGUACGACGAAGAGCAUCCUCUUGUAUUCCUCUUCCUCGGCUCAUCAGGAAUCGGAAAGACGGAGUUGGCCAAACAGGUGGCUCGCUACAUGCACAAGGACAUCAAAAAGGGUUUCAUCCGUAUGGACAUGUCGGAGUUCCAGGAGAAACACGAGGUGGCGAAGUUUAUCGGCUCCCCGCCAGGAUACGUGGGACAUGAGGAAGGGGGUCAGCUGACCAAGCUGUUGAAGGCGUGUCCCAACGCUGUUGUCCUGUUUGACGAAGUAGACAAAGCUCACCCUGAUGUUCUUACUAUCAUGUUGCAGCUCUUUGAUGAGGGUCGCCUCACAGACGGUAAGGGGAAGACCAUCGAGUGUAAAGACGCCAUCUUCAUCAUGACGUCCAACGUUGCGAGUGAAGAAAUCGCCGAGCACGGACUGCAGCUUCGACAGGAAGCUGAGGAGGUCAGCCGCAGAAAGCUGGCCGACAACCUCAAGGAUGUACAGAAAAGUGAUGACAUUAAAAUCUCCAGACAGUUUAAAGAAUCUGUGAUUCGACCAAUCCUGAAGGCUCAUUUCCGGAGGGACGAGUUUCUUGGUCGGAUCAAUGAAAUUGUAUACUUCCUGCCAUUCUGUCACUCAGAGCUGCUCCAGCUGGUCGGCAAAGAGCUCAGCUUCUGGGCCAAGAAGGCUAAGCAGCGCCAUGACAUCACUCUUAAGUGGGAUCGCCCCGUUCUGGACCUGUUGGCGGGCGGGUAUAACAUGCAUUACGGAGCACGCUCCAUCAAACAUGAGGUUGAGCGGCGGGUCGUCAACCAGCUUGCUGCGGCGUACGAGCAGGAGCUGCUGCCCAAAGGCUGCACCCUGCGUCUGUCCGUCCAGUCGGAGGACCGGGAGGAGCACAGCACGCCGAGCCUGCGCCUCGAGGUGGUAGGAGAGGACAGCUCGUCGAGAACGCUGGACAUCCGUCCACCGCUCAGUCCUGAACACUAACAAAGAACCAACACAGAAAUACAGAGGAUAUAUCAGAUAUGUAUGCACACGUUACACUAUCAUCAUCAUCAUCAUCAUCAGACAGUGUCAGGAGGGAUGGGUGGUUCUUGAAGGAUGUUGCCAAUAAAAAAUACCUCUGACAAACACCACUGCCUCUCUGUUUCAGUACGCACAUGCAGUAGUUACCUGCCAACUUAUCCACAGGAUGCAGUUCUGUAUCUGCCAACAACUAGACCAUUAAAAUGUAUCUUGCAACAGACUUUCAUUAUCAGUUGGGACUCAUAUCCAGAGGGUAAGAAGUAAAGGUGCAUAUAUGUUUAUGAAAGGAGCAUAGAGACUUCAGGGUGUUUCUACAUCAAACAUCUCAUCACCGGUGGAUUGAAGCCAUCGUAUUAGUCGAUAAAAAGUUAAGCUGUGAUAAGUUAAUGUUGACUUUGUGGAGUAGAACACUGAAAACAGCCAAAAUAUUUAUUAUUUAUUAAAGAUAUAUAUGUAAGUUAAUGGCAAUGAAUAGCGGUAUAUUGAACGGAUGAACGGCAGUGUGGCUGCAUGACUUAAUGGAGGCGGGGAGGUCACAUAGACAUUGACUGGAGGAGGAUAACUAGUACAACCUUCAUCUUUUAAAUAUCAUGUAAUCUGAUUUAAAAGUGUUUUGCCAAAGUUGGAUGAAUAACGGCCACACUGUCCGUUCACCAUGAAGAAAAAGGGAAGCAUUAACGACCAAAGAUAGUUUGCCUCAGAUUGUUCACUUCACCACCUCACCAGCAGAGCCUCACUGAUAAACGUUGUGCGAACCUGCUUAUUCAUUUCACUUUUUGUGUUAGCGGAGAAACACCAAGCAGAAAUGUCGAGCAGCCCGUCUGAGUGAUGGGUAAUAUAACUGCCUUGUGAAUUGUUUCUGUUGAUGCAUGUUAAUGUAAAGAAGUCUCGUCUGUCACCGCGGUGGCGCGCUCUCGUGUGUCUGUGUGACAUUAAGAGAAAUUUAGAGUCGUAAAAAAAAAAAUAAUAUUCAAAGUGUUGUUUCAUAAAUGUUUGAACAGCGUGUUGACAAGGCGCCAAAUGUAAUCCAGCCACAUUUCUCAUUCUUGUAUCCCAACCUCCGCCGUGUAAAUAAAGUCAUCGCAACAAAGAAA